GCCAGUAUAUUAUUCCCGUGUAUAUUGAAACCUCACACAUGCUAUCUGUAGGUACUAAACAUGUCAGAUAGCCAUAUGGGAGAAAUACUACGCGAUCUCCAUAUAACUAUAAUAGGCAAAACUACCCUCUCAUGUAUCUCGUUGUAUUAUCCUUACCCAGCUCUAAGCGGUAGGAUUUCCCCACGUCCGAUUAUGCUGAGGGGAGAAGAACAGCCCAUUCCAGACAAUCACUGCCAUGUAACCAUCCAUUAUGGCGCUCACUUUGACCUCAAUUAGGAUUUGGGUGUGGUAGAAAUGAUGCAUGCGAUAGACGCAGUCAUCCAGCAUCUCCAUCGGCAAUUCGAUGGCUUCUCACCAACAGCAUUUUGGAGCUGCUGGUACAUAGUUAAGGGGGGCUGUCCCCACGCUUAUGUUACGGUGCAUAAAGGCUUAUAUGUCAUUUUACACACCGUUUCAUGGUAGAGGAAAAGGCCAAUAGCGACGCCAGCUCCUAACAAGCAAAUAAGCACGAAUCAAGUACCUUCACACGAUGUCUUACGACGAUGUAUCCUCGCGAGCGACAGCUCUCCGACAGCUAGUGAAGCUCAUCCAAGGCGCAUCAGAAACACUAAUUGCCGAGUGGGAAAAACCGGCACCGGACGCCAUACCGGCCUCCGAGACUACUUUCGCGAUACCCGGGCGCAAAGCUUAUGACGCGCAACGAACCAUCAUUGCAGCACUGGGCUCAAUCGAAGAGCUCGUCGCGGAGCCUCAUCUACGCAUUGUAGACUUUGUCGAGCUGUAUUUUGAGAUCCGGGCACUUCACGUAGCAGUUGAACAUAACAUCGCGGCCCUAUUAGAUAAGGGUGGUGCGGAUGGAGUACCUGUCGAGGAUCUAGCCAAGUCAACUGGGCUCGAGAAGAACAAGCUAGGUCGUAUUCUGCGAGCCCUAGCUACGCAGCAUAUCUUUCGCGAGGUUGCUCCGGGCAAGUUCGCAAAUAACAGGAUAUCGCAGGCUUUAGUCAACGACGAAAAGCUGCAAGCGCAAGCCAGAUGCGGUUCCAUGGGAUACGCGGCCACUUCGGCGUUGCCAGAAGCGUUGAAGGACCCUAUCCGAGGACCAAGCCACGAGCCCGAACUCGCGGCCUGGACGUUGGCUGUGGGCACAGAACUGCCGUUCUUCACGUGGAUGAACGAGAAAGUGCCCCGUUCGCGCGCAGCGCUGGAGAAAGCAAGUCCCGGCGCCGCGAGGGGACCGUAUCAGAAAGUAGAAGUAUCGCCCGACGAGGAGCUGGUUCCGAAGGACGACGCGCAAAUCUACAAUUUGUACUUGGCUGGUAACAGUAAGAGCUUAGGUAGUGCGACGUUAUACGACUUCCCGUGGAAGGAAUUGGGAAACAGCCUAGUUGUUGACGUUGGAGGUGGUGUCGGUAGUUUCGACCUUCAGCUAGCUCGGCUCUAUCCAGAAUUGCGUUUCGUCGUACAAGACCAACCGACGGUGGUUGAGCAAGGGGUUUCGAUAUGGCAGAAGGAAUUUCCCGAAGCUCUAGAGUCGGGACGAGCACGACUCAUGGCGCACGACUUUUUCAAGCCGAAUCCUGUCAAGGAAGCCGACGUAUACUGGAUGCGUCACGUCCUACACGACUGGGAAGACGAGGCUUGCGUUGAAAUUCUUUCGAAUACCGCCAAGUCGAUGGGACCAGACUCGCGGCUACUCGUUGCCGAUAUUACUCUGAUCGAAACAAUAGGAGACCCGUACAUCAAGCCAGCGCCGAAGCCCCUGCUAGCCAAUUACGGCGUCCAGGUUCACCACGGAUUCGCCUACGACAUAGCCAUGAUGUCUUUGAUGAACGGCAAAGAGCGGACGCCUUCGGAAUUCCGAGACCUGUUCGGAAGAGCAGGACUGGAAAUGGUGAAGGUGUGGGAAUGCAGAAGCAGCUUGGGGAUUAUGGAAUGUCGCUUGGCGUAAGUUGAAUCAGAUUAGGGAUGCAACUCUCAUUUGCUCGGGUAACAACGUCUGAAGAAUAUCAUAAACGUUGAGAGUAUAAUACUCUUCACCGCUUGAUCUUGUCUAAUAUUUUUUCAUGAUGAGUUUGCACUGCCCUCUUUAUGCCACAUUCCACAAUGCUACUAGACUUAUAAGUCCCGAAACUUAAGAUCUACCUAGUAUACCUUGGGUACCUACAUGUGCUUUGUGCAGAAAGCGUUACACUGCUUAAAAUGUCUCGUCGGGCUAUAAUUAGAUCUCUAUCAUUCUCUAAGAGGCAUGUGAGGUUGCACUUGAGGCUUCAGCCUUCUUAUUUGACUCUUUUUAUAUGUAGAAGAAUAUGCAGCUAGUCAUGUGGGCAACUCCUUUUUUACUAUGUAAAAGAUUAAAUACCAACCGAAGAUGAUAUGGGGGGGAGAUAUACAAUGUGC